GGCGGCGCGAGAGCAGUGGGGCCCGGCGGCGGCGGCGGCUGAGACGGCGGCGGCGGAGGGAGAGAAGAUGGCGGAUGGCGACAGCGGCAGCGAGCGAGGGGGCAGCGGGAGCGGCAGUGGCGGGGGCGGCGGGGGUGGUGGCGGCUUCCAGCCUCUGUCCCGCGGGGGCGGCGAGCAGGAGACCCAGGAGCUGGCCUCGAAGCGGCUGGACAUUCAGAACAAGCGCUUCUACUUGGACGUGAAGCAGAAUGCCAAGGGCCGCUUCCUAAAGAUAGCUGAGGUGGGAGCGGGCGGCUCCAAGAGCCGCCUCACGCUUUCCAUGGCCGUGGCCGCCGAGUUUCGAGACUACCUGGGCGACUUCAUCGAGCACUACGCGCAACUGGGGCCCAGCAGCCCUGAGCAGAUCGCGGCGGCUGCGGCGGCUGCAGGCGCCGAGGACGGCGGCGGGCCCCGGCGGGCGCUCAAGAGCGAGUUCCUCGUGCGAGAGAACCGCAAAUACUACCUGGAUCUCAAGGAGAACCAGCGCGGCCGCUUCUUGCGCAUCCGCCAGACCAUCAACCGCGGGCCCGGCGCGGGCGGCGGCUUCGGCGGCGGAGGCGGGCCGGGACCCGGGGGAGGCCUCCCCAGCGGCCAGACUAUCGCGCUGCCCGCGCAGGGCCUCAUCGAGUUCCGAGACGCGCUCGCCAAGCUCAUUGAUGAUUACGGCGGCGACGACGACGAGCUGGGCGGCGGCCCCGGCUACGGUGAGCUGCCCGAGGGCACGUCCAUUACGGUGGACUCCAAGCGCUUCUUCUUCGAUGUGGGCUGCAACAAGUACGGCGUUUUCCUGCGGGUGAGCGAAGUGAAGCCGUCCUACCGCAACGCCAUCACCGUGCCCUUCAAGGCGUGGGGCAAGUUUGGGGGCGCCUUCUGCCGCUACGCCGACGAGAUGAAGGAGAUCCAGGAGAGGCAGCGCGACAAGCUGUACGAGCGCCGGGGUGGCGCCGGGGACGAGUCCGAGGGCGAGGAUGUGGAUGACGACUGAAGCUGGGGCAGCCUCCCCCACUCCAGCACCCCCAUCCCGUUCUGAACCGUAAGCCCCCUUCCAGAAACCCCCCACCCCCCCCUCACGCCGGAAUG